GCUUGCUGUAGUUCUUACUGGCAGCUGUGGACGUUACUCGAGGGACUUGACUGGCUAGGGUGUAGUUGAUUUUCGCCGGAUAAAUUUUGCCAUGUCUGGUAUCCGCUAUCACAUGACCUUCAUCGACGUGGUCACCACUCCGCCUGCGGCAGCAGUCAAGCGAGGAGAGAGCAGUCCACCAGUAUUGAAAGACAAAGCAGAUUCAACGGUCUCGCGCUCCCAGUACGAACAGCAGCAAAUGAAGUUGCAGGUCUCCAAAUUGCAAUGGGGUUCCCAGCUCCCAAGUGGCGGGACUUUGCAGGAGUACCAGGAGAUGCCGUCCUGUGGAAGCUAUGGCCAUCCUCAGAUUUGCCGCAGACCUUGCAUCUUGUUCUUGCGCGGCACCUGCAAAAGGUCCGGCGAUUGUGGUUUUUGCCAUCUUCCACACGAAGCGAGAACAGCGUCCUUCGACAAGCAACAGCGGGAGUUUUUGAAGUCUCUCCCUGCGGUUACGGUCAUGGAGAUGCUGUUGCCAUAUGUCCGCAAGCAAGUGGAGGACAAUGCUCUUCCCGGUGCUGGCGUUUUGCUUCAACUUUUCAUCAGCGAGAUUUCCAUCCGUGAACACCAAAGUCGCACCCGCACUCCGCGCACUCCGUGGCGUGUUCGCUGUGUGUUGGAGCGCCUCAGUCUGUCCGGGCUGGUGGCUGUGGCCUGCGGCGCGAUCCGUGGCCGUUUCCCGAAGCUCUUGUGCAAUGAGCUGACGAAGCUAAGGGAAAUGGCAAAAGACCUGGCUGAAGCUUAGGACCAUAGGAUCCUAGGACUUGGCUAGAGAUGGUCCUUGUGUUGCAGUUCCC